GUCACUCAGCGGUGGGCGGACGUGGGAGAUCGCGGGCGCCGCGAAGGCGGCGGCUUAGGAGCCUGGUCGCCGGUUUAGGGCUGUCUGCCAAAGCCUGUGCCCGGGCGGGUUGUGUGACGCGGCUCGGUCAGGAGAAGAAUCCCGGCGUGAGGCAGCUCUUGGGCUCAUAGCCCGUCUGGGCUCGCAGUUCCCCGUGCCACUCUUGGCUCUGCUGCGUCGUGUGGGGGCCGUUCGUUGUCAGCAUGGUGGAUGUGUUCAGCGGGCGGCUCCUGAUAAGUAAGGACGGGCGCAGCGUGGACCCCGAUGAGGCUCUGCAGAACAAGGUCGUGGGUUUGUAUUUCUCCGCCGGCUGGUGCUCCCCGUGCCGCGACUUCACCCCAGUACUCUGCGACUUCUACACGGAGCUGCUGGAGGAGACCCAGCCCCCGCCCCCCUUCGAGGUCGUCUUCAUCUCUUCCGACCACAGCGCUGAGGAGAUGGCGGGUUACAUGCGUGCCAUGCACGGGAACUGGCUCGCUCUUCCCUUCCACGACCCCUACAAGCAUGAUCUGAAGAAGAAAUACAACAUAACAGCAAUUCCUAAACUGGUGAUUGUGAAACAAACUGGAGAAGUCAUUACUGACAAGGGAAGGAAACAGAUCAGAGACAAAGGGCUGUCCUGUUUUCGGAACUGGCUUGAGGGUGCAGAUAUCUUUCAGAAUUUUUCUAUCUAAAUACUUGACAGGUGAAAGCAAGACAAGGCAUUGUGGAAAACUUUGUUGAGCUCUGGAAAUGUUGUUGCCUUCUUCAGAACAAGACGGGUAAACUUUAUUUAUCUUUUCUUGUAAACUGGUUUUAUUAUCAACAUGAAUAUUAGUUAUUCCAGUAAGUUAUAAUGCAAUUAUUGUUUUAUUUAUAUUGUUCUGUCUACUAUAUUCAGUAUGAACCAAAGCAUUCUUGAUAGUACCAAAGAGCUUCAGGAAAAUAGGCUGUUUUAGAUAGUGGUGAUGGAGCACUGUGUAAUCUAUGGAAAUACUUACUUUGCAAAAUCUGUAUGGUAAGAAUUAUAUACGUGCAGAAACCUGUUUUUCUUGAUGACAGCUUUUUUUUCUGCCAGUUAACACAUUUUAAUGAAAGAAAAAGUUUUGCUUUAAUAAAUAUCUGUUUAUGAAAUGCCUAAUAUGUCUUCCUUAUCAAUCAUAAAAAGCUGGUUGGAACAUACUGUGAUUUUAAUAUAGGAUGCAUUUGUCAUUAUAGAAAAAAUACUUCUUUUGGUUGUUUUAUUUUAGUUUCUGGAGGACUUUCUUAUGUUCUGCUGAGUUUUCCUUACCCCCGUAUUUUUAAACUUGGUGCUGUAAGCUAAGUUGUUAUAUUCCAAGUUAACACCAGAUCAGAUCUAACAUAAAGUAAUUUUCUGUCCUCUUUUUGCUGAAGGGUGUAGAAGCAAACGUCAAAAAGUGAUACCAGCUCUCUCUGAUAGGUGUUACAUCUAAAGUAAAGCCUGGUUUCCCUGUGUUCUUCAUCAGUUGUUGUUUUCAGAUUUGAGAGCGAGUCUUCUUGAUUGGAUCCCAGGUUAGACAUUGGUGCAAUUGGUAAGGUAAAGAAACACUUCCUAUUAAGCCAACACUUCGCUGAUUCAGAAUUUUAAGACUUUAACUGAAUUGUUAUUAAUAUUAUAGCAGUUACAAACACUUAUUUUACUAACACUUCAGGUUUCUCAGUUGUUAGAAUUUACUCCAAAUAAAGAUACAUUU